AGCAAAGGAAAGCGUCACAAUGUCUGUUCAACCAUCAAAUCCCAACAACCCAAUUGUGUUCUUGGACAUAACCAUCGGAGGGCAGGAUGUCGGACGGAUGAAGAUCGAGCUGUUUGCUGAUGUGGUUCCAAAGACGGCGGAGAAUUUCCGGCAGUUCUGCACUGGAGAGUUCAGGAAGGAUGGAGUCCCUAUUGGUUUCAAAGGCUGCACAUUCCACAGGGUGAUCAAAGACUUUAUGAUACAAGGAGGGGACUUUGUAAAUGGUGAUGGGACUGGUAUCUGCAGUAUCUACAGAGGUCCAUUUGCAGAUGAAAACUUCAGAAUGAAGCAUUCUGCGCCUGGUCUUCUGUCCAUGGCAAACAGCGGUCCAGGGACAAAUGGUUGUCAGUUUUUCAUUACCUGCACUAAAUGUGACUGGUUAGAUGGGAAGCAUGUUGUAUUUGGAAAAGUCGUGGAUGGUUUGCUGAUUAUGAGAAAAAUUGAGAAUGUUCCUACAGGACCCAACAACAAGCCCAAGCUCCCCAUCCUCGUUGCACAGUGUGGAGAGAUGUGAUCCAGCUCACUCACAACAGUGCAAGAACUACACACCCUCAGUAGUGCCUCAUAGUUACUUAACAGUCCUCAGCAAAUAUCAACCCACAUAUUCUUUCGUGUAUAGAUGCCUUCUCCCACAAUGCAGAUUGAAGGACAUUAUAAAGUUAAUCAUAUGUUUCUGGCUCUGGUAUACCUGAUUCCAGGUUAACUGCUGCAUCCAAACCCAAAUAAAAUAUUCACUCAAAUAUCUCAGGUGGGAUUUGGUACUGACAGGAUGUUCUUAGUCCAUGGGUUUGAAAUUAAUGUUUUGUGUUGUGUUCAGCACAGUUGCUGAUGAGUCCAAAUGAAGGAGAUUUUUUAUAUCCUAUCGUAAAAAGGCAACUAAGAAAAUGUGACCUCUAAAGAAACAAUUGGUUGGCAUGUAAAAAAUAUGAAAUCUUCUCAUUCCUAAUUCAAUCUCACUAUGUAAUAUGAUCAAUAAAAUGUUUUACAUUUUUUAUAAA